AAGACGCUUGCGAUCCAAACACAUAUAUAGUAGUACGACACAAACAAAAAAAAAAGUUGUAGUUUUCCAAAAAUAACAUGGCAGUUUCAACAAAUCAUCACGUGAUUCUCUUCCCUUACAUGUCAAAAGGCCACACCAUCCCUCUCCUCCAGUUCGGUCGUCUCCUCCUCCGUCACCACCGCAACGAACAAACCAUCUCCGUCACCGUCUUCACCACUGCCAAGAACCAACCAUUCAUCUCAGAGUUCCUCUCCGACACACCGGAGAUCAAUGUCACCUCUCUCCCUUUCCCGGAAAACAUCUCAGGGAUCCCUCCCGGCGUCGAGAACACGGAGAAGCUCCCUUCCAUGUCACUCUACGUGCCCUUCACACGCGCCACGAAGCUUCUCCAACCAUUCUUCGAAGAAACACUCAAGAGUCUUCCACAAGUUUCGUUCAUGGUCACCGAUGGAUUCCUCUGGUGGACAUCAGAAUCUGCGGCUAAGUUCAAGAUUCCUAGAUUGGUCUUUUACGGCACUAACGCUUACGCAUUUGCCGUCCUCAACUCUACUUUACAUUACAAACUCUUUACCAUACCGGAAAUCAAAUCUGAUACCGAACCAGUCACUGUACCGGACUUUCCAUGGAUCCAGGUUAAGAAGUGUGAUAUCGACCAUGUCCUUACCGAUCCGAAACAAUCAGGUCCAGCUCACGAACUUUUAAUGGACCAAGUGAGUUCAAACACCACAACUACAAGCCAUGGGUGUUUAGUCAAUAGCUUCUACGAGCUCGAGUCAGCAUUUGUUGAUCAUGAGAACAACAACAACUCUGAUAGACCAAGGUCGUGGUGUGUCGGCCCACUAUGUUUGACAGAUCCUCCUAAAUCGGGAAGUGCUAAGCCGGCUUGGAUUCAUUGGUUGGAUCGGAAAGAAGAAGAAGAACGUCCAGUGUUGUACGUGGCGUUUGGAACACAGGCAGAGAUAUCAAACGAGCAGCUCAAGGAACUUGCUUUAGGCUUGGAAGAUUCCAAGGUCAACUUUCUGUGGGUCACAAGAAAAGACGUGGAAGAGAUUCUUGGACAAGGAUUCAAAGAUAGAAUAAGGGAGAGUGGGAUAAUAGUGAGAGAUUGGGUGGACCAAUGGGAGAUAUUAUCACAUGAAAGUGUUAAAGGAUUUUUGAGCCAUUGCGGUUGGAACUCAGCGCAAGAGAGCAUAUGCGCUGGGGUCCCUUUGCUGGCUUGGCCGAUGAUGGCGGAGCAACCGCUCAAUGCAAAGAUGGUUGUGGAGGAGAUAAAUGUAGGAGUAAGAGUUGAAACUGAAGAUGGGACUGUACAAGGAUUCGUGACAAGAGAGGAACUAAGUCGAAAGAUUAAAGAACUAAUGGAAGGAGAAACGGGAAAAAUUACAAGAAAGAAUGUGAAAGAAUACUCAAAAAUGGCAAAAGCAGCUUUGGUCAAAGGGACUGGUUCGUCUUGGAAGAACUUAGAUUUGAUCCUUAAAGAGUUAUGUAAGAGUAGAGAGUCGAACGGUGCUAAUGACUAGAGAAGUGUCUUGAAGACUGGAUAACUAAACCGACUUUAGACUGGUUCGUAUACAGAAACCCAGUAUAUACCAUGAUGUAUAUUUUGUGUAAGUCUUGGUUUGGUUGAAAAGAUGAUCCUGAUGGCAAUAAUUGACAUUUCAAUUGAUGA